GAUUACACAUCCUAAGCAUUCCUGUCACCCAGUUUGGAGAGCCUGGAGUUGCAUAUACUUGGAGCAAAAGGGUAAAGGCAUGUGUACUAGGAUGCACUGAGCAGAGUCCACCAUUCAUAAAGACCAGCCUACCUGUCCAUCAUGGCAACUGAAGAAGCCAUGCCUGAAGGAGCAAAAGGUCCUGUAUUGGAAACCACCCAGAAAGACUUUUUGCAAGAAGCAAAAUCUCUUAUUGCCCAACAUUACAAGAGAAUAAAUGAGAAUAAGACUCAAGGUACUUCCAUAAAUGUUUUUAAAAAUAAACACCAAAAGCCAAAAACUGGCAAGUACAUACCUUUUGACAUUAAGAGAAGUGAAAUUCUUAAUGUGGUUCAAGAACAUCGCACGGUCCUGAGAAGCAUUAGCUUUCCCAAGGAGACUUCCAAAUGCUCACCUUUAAUGGAGGAUUCACAGCAGAUGGCCUCCACGGAGCCCCACUUUCCAAAUUUAAAAGAGAAGUACCAGAGUGUGGAUCUUUUCAAAAGAGAAAAAGUUAACCUGGGUAAAAUAAUGACUGAUAUUGAAUCUGUGAGUAAGAAAAUGGAGAAAGAAAAGCAACUGCACCUCAAGAAAUCCGGGUUGUUGGAACCCUUACAUUCUCAUCUUAGCUUGCCGAUGCCAAGAAUGGACAGUAGCAGUUCUUCUACGGAACUUCUGAGAGAUCAUGGAAAGGAUGAAGUUGCUAUUUAG